AUGGCGCCUGUUCCGGAGAUUCUGACCGUGUUAUUCAAGCGCAUGGUCACCAAUGAAGCUCACAAUCACCCGACGCCGACCCAUGUUGGUGGAUCCGGAUCCGUCUCCCCCGAUUCGAUCAGCAAUCCUGCCAUCUUCGCUCUUUUCGCUUUCGUCGGCGUAGGAAUGAUCGUAGCAUCGCUAUGGUUCUUCUUCUGGGCCAAGAAUGGAGGAUUCCAAUGGAAACAGAACGACUGGGAGGAGUACAAAUCAACUGUCCUCCGACGCAAAGGACCCGACGGAAGGACCCUGAGUAACGCGACCAAGAGCACGAAAUUGGGCAACGGAACUAUUGUGGGAACUCAGCACUACGCAUGGGAGAAAGAGAUGGCGCGGUCGGUGGUUGGUCGCGACGAAAAGGGAAGGAAAGGUAUAUUGGGACGCCGAGGAUGGGGUGGAACUCACAGUGUCUUCUACGACGAUGGCUACAUGACCGAGUCUUUCGCAACACGUACUGUCGUCACCGAUGAGAUGAGCGAGCUGCGAUCUGACGCCGAUACCGAAGAGAGAGAAAAGCACACCAAGCGCUACCGUGACCGCGACGUGCAGCAGUACAAGAAGGAACGUCCCGCGCGUGUCGGCGGUCUCAACCGCGUCGCCGAUGGUAGCCACUUCGACUACACCAACUCUGAACGCUCCGACAUCAUGACUGAGACUGUCAUCAGCGACAGUUCCACGCAUCCCAUGCUCGAGAAGCCUUCGGCACAAGAAAUACAAGCACGCAAAGACAAAGAGCGUGCCGAGCGCAAGGCCCGCGACGAAGUUGCUCGUAUGGAGCGCCGAUGGAAACGCGAGGCCGAAGAAGCCGCUGCCAUGCUCGCGCGCGAGAACCAACGUCCUGCACCGACUCUCUCGCGGAAGAGCGCUCUACCAUCAUCGUCCCGGCCGAUCUCCAACAAACAACACGGCACCGCCAACUAUCGCGAAGCCUCGCCCCGCAAACGCGAUUUCUCCUACCAAGACGGGCCGGAGUCGGAGAUUCUGAGCACAUCAUACACCGAAUCUGUCACCACCGCGAGCGAUCGUGCGCCGCCGAGCUAUUACGAUCGGUAUCGCCCGAACGGGGCCAUGGCCGCGGCAGCUGCUGCAGCGACCCGCUACCCGCCUUCCGCCUCCGAUCGUUCAGCGAGACACAGCUCCCCUAAGAAGAAGCCCAAUGGAGGCGGCGGAGGCUACCGCCGAGGAGGCAAUGACAGCGAUCUCGACUAG